AACCGGAGGGCCUCGGCGCCCAUCCUGACCCCACACUACCCGCGCUUCGUCCGGAUCCCGAGCCCGAUCAGCCGCAGCGCAGAGACCGUGGCGCUGCCCAUCCCGAGCCCGUCGUCCCAGGCCAGCCCCAGCAAGAGCGUCAGCUUCAGCACGGAGGUCGAGGAGGUGCUCAUCCCCCGACCGGAAAGCCUGUCCGUC